AUGCUUCACUGCGUUUAUCCUACCCCAGAGGAAAUCGAGAAGUCUAUUCAUCGUCGCAGAAAAAGGGCAUCUUCUAAAGAGGUUUCUGGUUGCAGAAAGUUUUACAGAAUUUUGCCAAAGACUACUUCGACGUCACAAUCAAAUGUGUCUUCUGCAUGUUCGAUAGAUAACAUUCUCAGAUCGAAGUCUUUUGUUUCUCCACCUUCAUCAGCUACACCAUCAGUUGGAUCACCAGCUUCUUCAAGUAUGUCGUCACCAGGAUCUCCUUAUUCUGAUUGCUCUAGCAAUGGAAUAAAUGCAUACAUUACACCUGUUUCGUCUCCAAAACUUUGUGCAUACACUGUUUCGCCUCAGUCAGAGAAUUAUAAUGUUUCUUCUGUCGUUUUACAGAGGCCACAAUGUCCUGCUCCGGUUAAAAGGAGUGUUGCUUCAUUGGAGGUGAAAAACCUUUUAAAUUAA